CAGGUUAACAUUCGAAUGACACAUUCUCUUACCAAGGAGCAAAUAGCCAGAUACAGUCGGCAACUUUUGAUCCAUGAUUUUGGUGUGAAAGAGGGUGUUUCAUCGGCGAAGGUUGCUGUCGUUGGCGCUGGUGGGCUCGGAUGUCCGGUUGCAAUGUACUUAGCUGGUGCUGGAGUACAUACGCUUGGUAUCGUUGACUACGACGAGGUGGCGAUUGACAAUCUUCACAGACAGAUAGCACAUAAAGAAAGUAUGGUGGGUAAGUCGAAGGUGGAAUCUCUCAGAGGGUCUAUAAUGGAUAAACGUUGUAAUGCAUUACACAUCUGCACUGGAUAUUCUGAGGCUGUAGGCUUCGAUGUUGUUAUUCAUGUCGACUAUAGCUGUUGCUCACGAUGCUGUCCUUUUCUGAAUUUCAGGUACCUUCUAAAUGACGCUUGUGUCCUUCUAGGUAAGCCAUUAGUAAGCGGUAGUGCAUUACGGUGGGAAGGCCAGCUCACAGUCUACAACUACGUUGAUCCAGACGGACCGUGUUACCGUUGUUUGUUUCCUGUUCCUGCAAACCCUUCGCACAUUACGAACUGUAACGAAGGAGGAGUCCUUGGUCCAGUAGUGGGAGUUAUUGGAAGUUUGCAAGCGCUAGAGGUCUUAAAGAUUUCUGUUGCUAAAGUGUUAUUUGCCUACACUUGUUUAGCGAAUUUCUCUUCCAUAUUAUAUUUAUUUGAUGGUAGCACUGGAAUUUCACGUACAGUCGCCAUUAGGCCUCGUAAGAAAGAGUGCGAAUCUUGCGGGGAUUGUCCUACGAUUACAGGGCUUAUCGACUAUGAACUUUUCUGCGGUUCCGGAGCAUGUGACAAGGUCCAUAGCCUUUCUAUUUUGCCACCCAUAGAUAGAGUUUCCGCAUCGGAGUACUCUCAGAUUAGGUCAUCUCAGCAGGCACCAAUCCUCCUGGAUACCCGCCCUUCACACGAAUUCUCUAUCGCUAAUCUUAGCGAAGCUAAAAAUCUAACAUUGAAUGAAAUUCGCCGAUUAGACUCAUUUGAUAUCCAAGAGCGGUUAGGUCUAAUUCCUGGUGAAGAGCACUCGUCCGAAAUAUUCGUAAUAUGUCAUCGAGGUAACGAUUCGCAGCUUGCAGUAGAGAUUUUGAAGAAAAAGCUACCAUUCACCCGUGUUCGUGAUAUCCGUGGAGGAUAUGAAGCAUGGGCUACGGAAGUAGACAAAGAUUUUCCUACUUAUUAG